AUCUUUUCAUCCACCUUUCGUGACCGCUGCGCAUCUAGAAAGACUCGAUCAUCCUGUGCCAAAGGGUGUCCUAGUCCAUUACUUUGGCUUGAUGACCACUUCUCUGAAUCAAGCGGAUCAGGACCCUCAACUCGGGGGCGAAACCACUGCGUCCCCAGAAAAGCAUUGGAUAGAUCGUCUGCAUCAUGCAGGAUGGAGAAUAUUUCAUCACGCACAGAAGCAUACAGGCGUAGGCGUUGUGUGCUCCGUCGCAUACUUUGACCCUGGGAAUUGGGGUGUCGAUCUUCAGGCAGGAUCUCAAUACGGUUAUAAACUCCUCUUCGUCGUUCUUUUGGCAGGCUUGUUCGCUGCAUUUCUUCAAGUUCUUGCCUGUCGGCUUGGAGUAGUCACUGGCCUUGACCUUGCCUCACACUGCCGCAUUCUCUUUCAUGACCGACCACAUCAUACGAAACUUUGGCGAUGGGCAGUCCUUUACCCACUUUACGCGCUCUCCGAAAUAGCCAUCGUCAGUACCGAUCUUGCUGAGCUCCUUGGCUCCGCAAUAGCACUCUGUCUUCUCUUUCCAGCACUUCCACUCUGGGGUGGUGUUCUGAUAACCGGAGCCGAUGUCUUAUUGAUACUCGCCCUCGGUAACCCUCUUCACAGUAGACCAGUGAAGCUCUUUGAGUGGAUCAUCGCUGCACUUGUGCUCGCUGUACUCAUCUGCAUGACAAUAAUUAUCACGAAGAUCAGUGUCGCCUGGGGUCAAGCCUUCGAUGGAUUCGUUCCCUCUCAAGCCCUUUUUGCCAGCGGUGCUCUUUAUACAUCCGUUGGAAUCCUGGGUGCUACUGUCAUGCCCCACAGUCUAUUCUUGGGUUCGCAUCUCGCAACCCAAGACAGGGUAUCAAAAAAACCACUUCCUCCUGUCUCCUCGCUUUCCGACAAGGUUCGAGAAAGAGAGUCAACAGGGGUCGCAUCAAGGCGCGAGCGCCUACGAUGCUUAGGACGAGCGAUCUGGCAAAAUUUCCGGUCCUUGUUCGUAGUAUCUCGUGUCGAGUUAGAAGAGCUGAAUGCCCGUCCGAAGUCUUAUGAACAGAGAGAGAAUAAUCCCUUAGAGUUCGUACAAUCCCAUAUGUACCACGGCAUGUUCGAUAUGGUCGCCAGCCUGCUAGGCUUCGCCGUCAUAAUCAAUGCCCUUAUCCUAAUACUCGCCAGUGCCGUCUUCUAUUAUGGAUCAGGGGCGUAUGGCUCUGAAUCUCCAGCUAGCUUGUUCGAUGCCCACACUCUCAUCAACAACUCGAUUGGCACAGGUGCUGCGUUACUGUUCGCCCUCGCUUUGCUCGCAGCGGGCCAAAGUGCUUCCAUCGUCGCCACUGUAGCAGGGCAAAGCGUCUCUGAAGGAUUCCUGAACUGGAAAGUUUCGCCUGUUGUACGGCGCCUCGUGACGCGCUCGAUAGGUCUGAUACCUUCUAUGGCUGUCGCCAUCGUAGUCGGACGAAACGGUAUCAAUACCUUGCUUGUCGCAAGUCAGGUCAUCUUGUCGAUAGUCCUCCCAUUCGUCACGUUUCCCUUGAUAUACCUCACUUCAUCGUCGCGCAUCAUGCGAGUGCGCAAAAACACUCCAGCCCACGCAGUUACAAGUUCUGGCUUAGAAAAGCCUGCAAUCACAUCAGUAGAUACCGACCCUGAAAUCCUUCAGACAGAGGACUUUGUUGACUUCAGUAGCGGGAAGCUCAUGACGUCGGUUGGGUGGUUGAUAUGGCUUGUAAUUGUGAUAGCUAAUCUCUACGUAAUUGUAACUCUAGGUAUGGGGCAAGGUGGGUGAGCUUAGCGGUAACAAUGCAUUGGUUUGCUUCAUUUCAUCACUAGAUAUGUUUGCUGUACUUUCUAGUCAUGUAUUUCAAACAUUCAGCAUACUCGUUCGUUGGCAUGUGUAAUCAGAUUUUAGGACAUUAAGGUUAUCC